GUCCAGAAUCAUGUAUGCAAUAGUUCAAGAAACUCAUGCAGAUCGUCAAGCAUUGGAUGUCUCUUCUUCCGGAAUGCUCGUUAGGUCACGGUAAUAGAGAGAAGAAUCAGGCGGCAGAUAUCUUAUCCAAUCAAUUAAAAAAAAAAGAUAUCUUAUCCCAAAAAUGUUUUGAUCAUACUGAAUUACUGAGUAUUAUGUCAUACUGCUGGUUGGUUCUUAUUAGUAUAGUUUGUAAGAUUGUUUUGUGUGAGACUUAGACUUAAUACGUUCAAUCCCUGGAUUAAUAAUAUUUUGACAACGGAUUGAUUGUGCUAAUUGUCUAUUUACUCUGUUUAUAUAUAGUCACACUUGCCGGUUUGGAAACGGCAUUUGUCAACCAUGAUUAUUUCAUUAUUCAAAUGAUUCGUUUAUAAAAUGUGUUCUUAUUAACUAGUUGAGUUGAAAACGUUAUGAGACAGCUAUUAAAGGAACGAGAAUUAUUGUUUAUGGUCUUUACGUAGUACAAUUUGGUUUAGAAUGUUAAAACUAAAGGGAAUUGAAAGUAUCAACGUAUUGUUUUUAUAAAGCUAUUGGCCGAAUUGAUAUAUCAACUAAGGCUAAAGAGGUUUACACACUUCCUUAUAAAGUUAUAAACUAAAGCAUUGACAUUCAUAUACACAUCAUAUCUCUCUCUCAAAAAAUGUGGCUGAACAGUCUGUUUUUAAUCCUCUGUUUGGUCCUGGCCGUUAGCUUCGACUACGUGUCUGCAGUAGUAUGUGGGGACUCGAUGUUUUUCACACCCAACGGUACUUACGAUACCAACCGCCGUCUCGUCCUCGCAACUCUUGCUUCCAACGUCAUCUCUCAAGACGGCUACUACAACGUCUCUGUUGGUGAAGGCCCCGGAAUGAUAUAUGCCUUAGGGAUGUGCAUCCCAGGGACUGAACCACAGACCUGUUCAGACUGUAUCCAGGCCUCGUCCAAAUAUUUAUUACAAGACUGCCAGAACCAGACAGACUCAUAUGACUGGAGCCCUCCUUUCUGCUAUGUUCGUUAUUCCAACAGCUCGUUUUACGACGAGAUUACUCUCAAGCCGCAAUACGCAGAGUACUACACUGGAGAUAUCCCUGGGAACGUAACAGAGUUUAACAGAUUAUGGGAAGAUCUCAUGAGGCGUAUGAUAACAGCAACCUCAUCUUCAACUCCUGGGUCGCCCGCACGGAGGCAUUAUACUGUCGAUAUGAUCCCAUUUACAGGCUUCGUUAAUAUAUAUGCCCUGAUGCAGUGUAUUCCUUGGAUAUCUUCGGAGGACUGCCAAAAAUGUCUUCUAGAAAAUGUCCGUAGGCAGCAAAAUUGCUGCAGUAAGUACAAAGGAGGUAGCGUUAGGAGGCCGGUCUGCUAUUCCCUGACUGAUACUUCUCCCUUUUUUGGUGCUUUUGAUAACAUAACGUUGUCCCCACCUCCUCAAGGCCCUCUACCUCAAGCCCCACGUACCUCGCCUCCUCUAGGGGAUUUGACCAAGAAAGAUGGCAAAACGAUCUCCACAAGAACUAUAGUGGCAAUUGUUGUCCCAGUAGCCAUAAUUGUGCUACUCCUUGCUCUAGGCUUUGCAUUUUACAGGAGGAGAAAAUCAUACAAACCAAUGAAACUUCAAACCGAUGAUGACAUGACAAAUACACAUCAGCUGCAGUAUGAUCUUAAUACAAUUGAAGCCGCUACAGAUAAUUUUUCGGACGAGAACAAACUUGGUGAAGGUGGAUUUGGUGUAGUUUACAAGGGUACAUUUUCAAACGGAACAGAAAUUGCGGUUAAGAGGCUAACAAGAACUUCAAGACAAGGCUUCCAAGAGUUCAAGAACGAGGUGGUUGUGGUGGCAAAGCUUCAGCAUAAUAAUCUUGUUAGGCUUUUAGGUUUUUGCAUGGAAAGAGAAGAAAAGAUACUCGUCUAUGAGUUUUUGUGUAACAAAAGCCUCGAUAUGUUCCUCUUUGACUCUACAAGUCGACCACAGCUUGACUGGCCAAAACGCUACAAUAUCAUCGAAGGAAUUGCUCGAGGGAUUCUAUAUCUUCAUCGAGAUUCACGGCCCAAAGUCAUACACCGUGACCUCAAAGCAAGCAACAUUCUUCUAGAUGCUGGUAUGAACCCCAAAAUCGCGGACUUUGGGCUGGCAAAGAUUUUCGCAGUAGAGCAAACUAGAGACGAGACUAGCAGGAUUGCUGGAACCUACGGAUACAUGGCUCCUGAGUAUAUGAAUCUUGGUCAGUUCUCCAUGGAAUCUGAUGUUUAUAGCUUUGGAGUCUUGGUUCUUGAGAUCAUUAGCGGCCAUACCAGUAGUAGAUUCUACAGGAUUGGUGAUACUGAUUGCAAUCUGGUCACAUAUGCUUGGAAGAUCUGGAGGACAGGCAGCUAUGCCGCAGAAGAGUUUGUGGACCCGACUUUCGGGGAUAAUUAUCAAAUCGAACAAGUGACUCGAUGCAUUCAUAUAGCACUUUUAUGUCAUCAAGCCGAUCAUGCAGAUCGACCAAAAAUCUGUAAAAUCAACUCGAUGCUCACUUCUAGCAAAAUUAGUCUUCCAGCGCCACAUGAACCUGGAUUUUUGGUACCUAGUCGAAGGGCUUGAUGUCAUUUUGGCAAAUUGGUUCCUUUGUUCUAGAGGCUAUGAACUGUAUUUGUGUGUGUUACGUAUUUUUAGAUCCUUGUUUGAAAGGUGACUGAUGUUGCGUUUUGCUGAUUGGAGUGACUAAAAUCGUUCACGUUGAAAUUGUCAAAAUAUAACGUAAAGUAUAGUAAUAGUUUUGCUUUUUUUUUUUUUUUUUUUUUUUUUGAAAAAGGGCUUAGUUUUGCUUCUUUAGGUUGAUCGAUUUGGUUACAAUUUUAUUAAUAACCAAAUGAAGGUACCAACAUAUUGUUAUUGUAAAGCUAUUGGCUAGCUUGAAUCAUUAAUUUGACUACAAGUUCCACACUUUAUUAGUGAUUCCUAUUCUAUAACUGAUAUGAUCAUCAAUACGUAUAUUGAAACCUCUAUAAAUUAAUAAUGUUGAAACUAUAUCAAAACUAUAAUUUUUUUAUAUUAAUUUAUAGAUAUUAAUUUAUCGAUAUACUAAUUGAACCAAAAACUCAAUUUGGAACUAUAAAGUAUAUUAUUUUAUAGAGAUUUUUAGUGUAUAUUUAUUGUAUUAGUUUAUGGAUUAUUAAUUUACAAUAUUUUUCCUUUUUAUAAUUAUUUUUUAUUAUUAAAAUAAGAAAAUAAUUAUUGUAAAGUUAUAUACGAACUAAAUUUUAUAAAUAUGAUUUUAAUAUUUUUAUUAUAUUAUUUAGUGUGUAUGAGAUAUGUAUCAUCAUAAAUUUUAGAUGAGUUUUAAAUAUAAUUUUACAAAGUAUUAUAAAAUAUCUGUGAAGAAAAAUAGAAAUAAAUUGCAUCGUGAAUAUAAAGCAAACAUUAUAAUAUUUUAUUUGUACUUAUAUAAGCUACAUAUAUAAAUGAUUAAUUUAUUAUUUUAAUGAAACUAUAUAUCAACAUAAAAUUUGCUGAAAAAAAAAUUAUCUUAUUAUUUUAUCGAUUUGUAUAACAUUUUUGAAUCGGUUUAAUUCGGAACUAACAAAAUUUAUUAGUUUAAUAUAUUUAUUAAUUUAUUUGUGAUUAAUUUAUAAAGUUUUUAUUUAUUAACUUUAUGUGAUUCAUUCAACAACAAACGUCGUGGUGUCUGAGUGCAUCCCACAUCAUGAACUUUUACUUUGGAACUUCAACAAUAUGUUCAUAAUCAACAACAAAUAUAAUUGCCUCUCUGAGUUUUACUUAGCUUUUCUAAUUCCAUUGACAUUUAAGUUUGGCAACUUGCAUAGUUAAUUCAAAUACUAUGAAACUGAUACUGAGUGUAUUUGCAUGCAUAUACUAACACAAAAUCAUUUGUACAACCACUAGAAAGGCCAAGAAAAAUUUCUUUAUUGAUGUCCUCAUAAGCAUAAUUGACAUCGUUUCUUCACAAGAAUGUAAUUGCCCGAAAGUACUUCUGCUCAGUGGCGGACCCAUGAGUGAAAUUGACUGGGAUCAAAAAAUAAUUAAAGUGACUCUGCUGGGCUUCAAAGUCGGGUUCUGUGGAGUCAAGGACCGUACUUAACCAACUCUGCUACCAAUUCCUUACUGUUUUUCUAUGUAAAACAUACUUUAACAUGUUUUUUUUGUGGUGUCAGGUGACCCCCUCCUCUUCAAGUGAGUCCACCACUGCUUCUGAUGACAACGGCAAGCUCCAUCCCAUAGGUUGAACCAAACCGAAAUAACCGACAUUAGACAGAACAAAAACUCUCAAAUAUCUUUCUAUAUUUCUAUAUCUGACACAACCAAACCAAACCAAAACUGUACUGAGCAGGGCAGACCUAGAGCAUGAGGAGGUGUGGCAUAUGCCCCAUCCUAUUUUUUUUUUAUUUUUCAUUAAUAAUUAGCAUUAAAAUUUAUUAAAACAUCUAUGAAUUAAACAUUAGUAUAAAAAUGAUUGCAUGCCCCAUACUAAAAUCGGUUCUCCAUCCUCCCCUAGUACUGACAACCGAACAAAUAUCCAAAUAUAUACAAACAUUAAUUAUAUAUACAUAUAACAUAACUAAAUAUAUGUACAUAAUAUUUAAAAAUCUAUCUAAAGUAUACAAUUUUUUUUUAAGAAAUAUCAAAAUAUAUUCGAACUACUCAAAAUUAUUCAAAAACAUCAAAAUAUUUUUAUCUGAAAUAUCUAAAAAUAAUCUGAAUUAUCCAAAUGAUACUUAAUUACUUGAUAUUUUAUCCAAAAUAUCCGAAGUGUUACUUGAAUUACCCAAUAUAAUCAAAACUAAAACCAAAGCCAAAAGGGAACCAAACAUUUUAUGGGUAUCAGAUAACAUUUUAUGGGUAUCAGAUGGUUUCUCGAUUUACUAUCCAAACCAACCCAAACGCAAAACUACCCAAACCGAUCUGAACCAAAAGUUUGUAGGCCCAAUCCAAAAUACCAAACCCAAACCAAUAUCCGAAAUAUCUGAUACCCAAAAUGUGCAGGCCUAGUCUAGAAGAUUAACUUGUGUCUAUUUACUUCCCUACUCGGAUUGUGUAUUGUCGAUAAACGUAUAAAGUCGAUUGUUGACAAAUCAAAGAGAGGACCCAUGAGCUUAGUACACAUUAGAAAGUUUCAUAGACAAUCGUUACAUGCCAAUAACCCAAGUCUUAGUUUUAUCGUCAUGCUGCAUGACUCAUGCAUAAGCUUUACCAAACUUAACUAUACGGUUAAUCAUAUGUUAUAAUGAAACCAAGUUCAAUUUAUA